GGCAAGUCACAGGUUUGGAUGGGGAGCCCUCUGUUCCUUUGGCCAGUAAAUCGGAGCAGCAAUGGACCAACGUGAACGCCAUCACUCAGGACCACAUGGGAAGAACCAACUUGCCAGAGGAUCAGAGCUGAGGAUCAUUCUGGUGGGCAAAACGGGCACUGGCAAAAGUGCCACUGGGAACAGCAUCCUUGGGAAGCAAGCGUUUGAGUCGCGGCUGGGUGCCCGGACCCUGACCAAGACUUGCAGUCAAAGUCGGGGAGGCUGGGGAGAGAGGGAGAUGGUCGUUAUUGACACGCCAGAUAUGUUUUCUGGGAAGGACCACGCUGACUCCCUGUACAAGGAGGUCCAGAGAUGCUAUUCGCUCUCUGCCCCAGGACCCCAUGUGCUGCUCCUGGUGACGCAGCUGGGCCGAUUCACCACCCAGGACCAGCAGGCUGCGCAGAGGGUGAGGGAGAUCUUUGGAGACGAUGCCAUGAGACACACAAUUGUCCUCUUCACCCACAAGGAAGACCUGGAGGGAGGGUCCUUGGUAGACUACAUCCACGACUCAGAGAACAAAGCCCUAAGCAAGCUGGUGGCAGCGUGUGGGGGGCGAGUGUGUGCCUUCAAUAACCGUGCUAAAGGCAGUGACCGGGACGACCAACUGAAGGAGCUCAUGGACUUGACUGAGGACCUGGUGAGGGAGCACAGGGGUGACCACUAUGCCAAUGGGCUGUACGGCUUAGUGACAGGGUCAGAAGGUGGACCUGUGCAGUCAGAGGAAGCACUGAAGGAUUUCAAAGAGAGUCUUAUCAAGUACAUGGAAAUUCAGAGACGUUACACAACCACGGCCAACGCCAAUUGCCUAAAACAAGCCCUAAUCAAAGCACUAGUCUGUCUUUUGUUUUGUAUUCAGUUGUUUGUCAAAUUGCUAAUUCUGUUAUUUUGUGUAUUGUACAGAAUGUGCAACUUCUUUUACUGCUCACUCUUUUGUAUAUACAAUUUCUUUUGUAGCUUCCUGUUAAUUAUACUCCAAAAAUUAAUGAUAAUUUCCAGAAAGACCACUGGACUGGAACGCAAGACUCCUAGACUAUAGGGACAGACCAGUAAUUAUCUGCUCACUGUCAUAUAGUGCGUGAAUCACAGGGCCUCCGUGUAAUGCACAGCCUGACAUCAGUGAAUGUUCGAGAUUCUGUGAAGCGUUUCAAUCUUAACAUCACCCUAUUUAUUAAUGAACCAAAUUAUUUUAAAAGUUACUGUUUGUUUCAAAAUAUAAUACCAAAACCAUUUGGAAGUUGCCUACAUAAAAUUCGUCUCAUUUUCAAAUCUCUAAAGCCAAUUUUAUGUUCAUGGAAACUCCCUUUCUUCUUCCUAAUACU